UGUGUAUGAGUGAGUUUAUUAUUGCAGGUGAUGGGAUGGUGAGUAGGGAAAAUAGAAAAUUUGUGUAGAUGAAAAAUACAAGUUACCACCAAAUUUGUCAGCAAUAAGUUUUUUCACGUCUAAAAUCGUGAAGAAGUAUAGCGCAGUAAUAUUUGAGACAUAAUUGCAUCGGGAUAGCUCCAUUGUCGCUUAGCUAUCUUCCGACACGGUACACAGAACAAAAGUUAGUGAGAUCCUAAAGUUUGACAUAAUAGCAGUAGCAGGAGAUCGAACGAAAGUUUUGGGCUACAGCAUCAAGAAUAGGUCGAGGAAUAAAUAGUCUAAGAAGCACUUUUGGUGCUGUAUCAUCGGUGUUUCGGUCGUAAAACAGGCGCAGACUAUCUUUAGCUUUGUGAAAUUUGUUUCUGGAAGGGUAAAAUGAUCAAAUUAUUCUCGCUAAAGCAACAGAAGAAAGAUGGUGAGGCAACGCCAAAAACUGGUCCCCAGAAAAAAGCUUUCACUGCAGCACAGCUAAGGAUUACGAAAGAUAUUAACGAGUUAAACCUACCUAAAACCUGUGCCACUGAGUUCCCUGACCCAGACGAUCUGCUUAACUUCAAACUGAUCAUUUGCCCAGAUGAGGGUUUCUACAAAGGUGGUCGAUUUGUGUUCAACUUCAAGGUCGGUCCCAACUAUCCCCAUGAGCCCCCAAAGGUCAAAUGUGAAACGCAGGUCUAUCACCCCAACAUCGAUCUGGAGGGCAACGUGUGUCUCAACAUCCUGCGUGAAGACUGGAAACCUGUGCUCACAAUCAACUCAAUAGUCUAUGGACUGCAGUACUUGUUUUUGGAACCCAACCCUGAAGAUCCGUUGAAUCGGGAAGCAGCUGAAGUGCUACAGACGAAUCGACGCCUUUUCGAGCAUAAUGUUUUUAAGGCAAUGCGUGGCAGCUACAUUGGGGAGACCUACUUCGAGCGUUGUCUCAAGUGAUAUAAAAACUCUACACCUCUAAAAUGUUGCGUUUAUUUAAUUAUUCUUACGAUUGGUGGACGCUAUUAUAUAGACUUUAAGUAUAACUAAAUGGCCGAAACGGGAAGAAGAAAAAAUCGCCAAGUGUGGAGCAAGUGAAGGAUACACGAUCUGAUGACAUUUCGCAAACAGACAGAAUAGUUUAGUGCAAACUUGAUUAUAAAAAAUGAUAGGAACUGUAGAUGAAAGAAGUGCAAGUGCAAAA